AUGCAUUUCUCCACCAUCUUCACCGCCGCCGCCGUCGCCGGCUCCGCUCUCGCAGCAGACAUCACCGUCUCUGUGGGUCUCAAGAACGGCUCCGCGCUCUUCAACCCUGAGACCAUCAAGGCCGCUGAGGGCGAUGUCGUCAAGUUCAAGUUCUGGCCUUCUUCCCACUCCGUCGUCGCCGGACCCUUCGCCCGUCCCUGCCAGCCCGGCCCAGAGGGCUCCAUCUGGUCUGGCUUCGUGACCACCAACGACACCGAGAAGGCCUCCCCUACCGAGUUCCACUACACCGUCACCAAUGCCUCUGCACCCAUCUGGCUCUACUGCUCCCGCGCGAAGCAUUGCCAGAACGGUAUGGUUGCUGUCAUCAACCCUCCUACUUCCGGCCAAAACACUCUCGACAGGUACAGGGCCGCCGCCGCCCAGGCCGAGCAGAACGUCUCCCCUACCUCGACCACUGCUGUCGGCGGCAACCUCACCACCGCGACUCAACCCUCCGGCUCCAGCACCUCCUCCCCCGGCGCUGCUGCCGGCCUCAAGGCUCCUACCUUCGCCGUCUCCGGUGUCGUGGGCUUGUUCGCUUACUUCCUUUUGUAA